CGAGAUUGAACCUCCACAGAGUUAAAAACUGCAAGGAUUAACAUAGGUCGAUAGACCUCCUAUCCUUAUUAUUGAAGACUGAAAUAUUAGCGCGCACUUGAUACGCGGUGUCAUAAUUUCCUUUGUAUUUCAUAGUUUGGGAUAAUUGAAUGGAACAUAACAGAGGUGUCUUUACGUAACUAGAAGCGGUCUCGUGCUACCAGGACGCGGAUUCCAAGGACUUGACAACCCUCUAAUUUGUCUUACGUCCACGUGUUUGUCCUUUUGCUAUGUCUAACCGACGCUUCCUAGACUCAUAUGGGAAAUCUUGUCCCAAAUGGAUUCCUGUGGCGUGCUGCUGCCUUCUGCAUUUGUCUGGACUAGAUGGUCUGUUUCUCACUCGCAGACCGUGGCAUAUGCGAUCUUAUCCAGGUGUCUGGGUUCCACCUGGAGGUCAUUGUGAAGCUAAAGAACCUAUUCAGGACACCGCAUUUCGUGAACUCACAGAAGAGUUAGGAUUACAUUCGUAUGGGAAAGAAAAUGUAAUGAAUGAAUGUACUAUUAAACCACUCUGUGCAUGGGAAGCUUCCUAUCCUUCUCGUUUAGAUACAGGAAUCGGAAAGUCUACUAUCUUUCCUAAAUCUCAUCAUAUGGUUAUAUAUUACUCUGUUAAUUGGUUUCGUUCUUCAACAUCUGUUUUAGAUUCAGAUGAUAUUCACUCAUACUUACCACAGUUUAACCUUGAAGUAAAUGAAGUAUGUGCAGCCGUUUGGCUCCCGAGACCUGUUCUCAAUAAAUUAAGUGAUGAUUGGAAGGCAUUUGAAAAACAUUUUCAAAAUCAGUCCACAAUCAGUAAUUCGGAAUAUCUUUAUCCCGAGUUAUCAACGAUGCCAUCCACUUUCCAGAUUGAUAAUGAUCAAACAGAAGUUUGGUAUUGGGGUGUAAACUCUCUUGAUUGGCAAUCGGUACCCGUGAAUCAACUUAUCUGUGGACUAACAUCAAGUCGCAAUCCAACUGUUUCACACAAUACCAGACCCGAAUCCGAAGUUGGUAAUGGACCUAGUCCUGUAACACUGGGGACAUUGUAUGCUAUUAGUCAUUGGCUUUCAUCAACCAGUGCCAGAAGUACCGUUUGAAAUUGUUUUCGUCAAUUAAUUUUCUAACUAAUACUUGUAUACCUUCAUUUUUUUCAUUCUUCGCUGAGAAGGUUGGUACAAAUUAUUGUACGAUAUUCCUUGUCUGGAACCUUAGUAAAUGUUUAAAUAUAUCCCUUUUUGAACUAAAAAAUUCCGACCGUAGCUGCUACCUUGACGUGGUGGUUGGGAUCGCCUAUCGUGAUGACUCAACCGAGCUACCUCGGCUGGAACAAACGUUCCUUUAGGCCCUACCAUGUCAGCUUGAAGAACGUUAAGACAGCAACUGAAGGUCCGAGGGCAAAGUCGUACUGCCAACUGUGGAGAGGUGCGACAUCCGUAAGGUGUUUCUCGGCAUCUGCAGCGAUGCUGCCUUCUCACAACGGAAGGAAGAGAUCAGAAAAGGUUGACCCUGAAAAUGUCACACCUCACCUUACGCCACGGAUUUCCGUCCUUGGCGGUAAGUUCAGAGCUAACUCAUCAAAACCCUCACACAAAGAGGCCGUGUGUGACCGGCUUUAAGCAGUUGUCCCUUGAGCUCUACAAUCACGCUCUCAGGUCGCUCAGACCACCACUAAUUCAGCUUUUGUUCAGGUCCCUUAAGAAGAAAUAUCCUUACACAGUGUGGGCAGCCGGGAAGUAACAACCGCCUUCAUAUCUCUAUCAGCGCCCGAGAUCAUCUCGAAUCCCUCACCUCUUAUUAAGUAUUCCAUCCUCAUGGUUAACCUUCCUUGUACAUCUUUUCCACUACACUCUAAAGUACAUGUUGGAGCUUAUCGGCAUCAAUACCAAGGUUGAACUUGAUUGUUUCAAAUAAAUUGAGCAUUGCGUAGAGUUAAUAAUAAAUGUAUUUUUGUUAUAUCCCAAUGAGCAUAAAAAUUGUAUUUCUAACGUUCCGUGACUUAGUGUAAGCCACUUCUUCAGAGUAAAUAAACAGGCUGUGAGGACAGUCCACGAGUGGCCGAAACCGGACGGGCCUUGGCAAACAAUACACGCUGAUUUCGCCGGACCAAUACAAGGCAGAAAUUACUUGGUUGUUGUCAAUGCUUUCACAAAAUGGUCAGUAGUAUAUGACAUGCUGAAAACGACACCAGAGAGUACAAUUUGAAGAUUCUCAGGGUUGUUUGCCUGUUUUGGGGUUCCGGAGAUCUUGGUGACUGACAACGGCAUUCAGUUCAUGUCAUCCGCUUUUAGACGCUUUUGCCAGGGAAAAUGGCAUAUCGCAUCUACAAUCUCCUCCGUACCAUCCUCAGUCGAAUGGCCAAGCAGAAAGAUUCGAGGAUACGAUAAAAAGAGCUCUGGUCAAAGCGGGAGGUAAGGGUAUCCCAGAACAAGUGAUCAGUAAGUUCCUAGUGUCUUACAGAGUUACCCCUAGUCCAGCAGUACCAGAAGCAAAGUCACCAGCUGAGUGUAUGUUCGGAAGGAAAAUCUGGACAGUCUUUAGCAGUAUAUUGCCGCGCAGAACGACAAAUAAACCCACGAAUAAGUAUCGUACGGUCACUCAUAGCUUCCAGGUGGGUGAAAGGGUACUUGUCAAAUCGUAUCAAGAUAAUAGGAAGUGGGAACCAGGUAUCAUAGAACGUUGGAUCGGAAAUAUACUGUACCGAGUCCGGGAAAAUGUCGGAAAAUGUACAAGACACAAAUCAAAUCCAAAGAGACGGCAGAACAUAUUUGUCCCACAAAGAUGACUCCCAUUUCAAUUGCCCGUGGAUUCAUCUCGGAAAAGCCCUCAGGAGCGCGAAUAUAGAAGAGAUAAACGACGUAAGGGCAAAGCUGUGCAACCUUUUAGAGUGGUGGACUGCAAGAGAAAUGCGGCAACCAAGUUUCAGGUGGAUCCGGGAAAAAAGUCUUACACAACAGACUUAAAAGGAGGGGUGUGAAGGCGGUCCACGGGUGAACUCGAGGAAGCCGUAAGAAGCUCAGAAAGAGCUGAAGAUGUUCCAUCCAAUCAUCUUUUGGAGUAAUAUUCUAGAAUCUCUACAUGUAGCUUCUCGAUUGGACAAUGCUAAUAACCUCUUGUGUGUGGAUUGGAUAGCUAUAAUAAUGAUUUCGUUUUUACUAAAAACUAUAAAUACUUGACAGUUUGUACUCUAACUUGACACUGUCUGGAAUAACUUCCCUUUCACUAGUCUUCUGUCUUCUCAUUGCGACUUGGGAUGGUUCUAGCGUUCUAGUGUUCAUGUUAUACGCGGUAUAUCAAGAAUAUAAGCAUCUAGAUAUAGCAAGCAAAAUUAAAUGAACAGAAGUUUAAAUAGUAUGUUUCUUUUUCACUAUUUGAGCUUGUGUUAAUUUAAUUUGGGUCAUUUGUUUACUCUGAAGAAAUGGCCUACACCGAGUCACGAAACAUCAGAAGUACAAUUUUUAUGCUCAUUGGGACAUAACCAAAACACAUUUAUUAUUACAUGUUGGAACAUUUAAUGUUCGAACCUUGUGUCAGAUAAGAUAAUAGGCUUCCUUAGCUAGGAUUCUUGAACACUGCGCCAUCGAUGUAUGUUUCAUCUCUGAAACGCGCUUACAGGAUCUAACCACAGUCAUUCAUUUGGCCUCAUCUUGUCAAUAUAAAAAACCCGAACUACCUACCCUUCGAGCAUCUGGAGAUCCUAUUGCUACUUCCUGUGGCUUUGCUAGUGUAGGUAUAGCGUUAAGUUCAAAAGCAGAACAUACUCUAUUAGACUGGAUUCCAAUAGACAGUAUCCUGUGCUCCGUGCAAAUAAACGGGGCCCUAAGCACUCGAAAAGAUAGACACACACGCUGUUACCUUUUCGUCGUUUCUCCCUAUGCUCCCACUGCUUGCAGCUCAGAUGAAGUUAAAGAUGAAUUUUAUAAGAAGCUAUUCAACAUCAUUCAAAAAACUAAACGCUCUGAUGCAGCAAUAGUGACAUGUGAUUUUGAUGCUCAAGUAGGUAAAAUAAACCAAACCAAAAAACACUUAGGUGGAUCUUACGGUGGUCGGGCUUGCCUAUCGUGAUGACCCAACCGAGCUAUAUUGGCUGGAACGUAUGUUCCUGUAGGUUCUACCAUGUCAGGCAGGUCGAUUGGAGAGCGGUAAGACUAAAAGCAGCAACUCAAGGUCUGAGGGCGAAGCCGUACUGCUGACUGUACAGAGGUGUGACAGCAGUAAGGUGUUCCCCUCAAACAACCAGCAUCUGCAACGAUGCUGCCUUCCCACAAGGAAGGAAGGGGUUAGAAAAGGUCGACCCUAAAAACGUCACACCUCACCUUACCUCACGGAUUUCCGUCUCCGGUGGUAAGGCUCUUUGAAGAACGGAGCUAACACGUCAAAAACCUUCCACAAAAGGCCGUGCGCGACCGGCCUCAAGCAGUUGUCCCUUGGGCUCUGCGGUCACGCUCCCAGGUCGUUAAGACCAACACUAAUCCGACUUCUUUUUCAGGUUCCUCAAGAAAUACCCUUCCACGGUGUGGGCAGUCGGGAAGUGAUAUCAGCCCUCAUACCCGUAACAGCACACGAGACCAAGUUGGUCACAUUCAAAUCCUUCCUACAUCUCCUAAUACCUCUCUUAUCUCCAUGACUAACCCUUCCCACGUCUCUUUAUCACCUCGCACCGCUAGGGCAAACGAUUCGAGUACGCGGGACGUUAUUCCACACUCUAAACUUCAUGUUGGAGCUUAUAACGUCCGAACACUGUGCCAAAUAGGACAACAAGCUUCCUUAGCUAAGACUUUAGAAUCUCGCACCAUCAAUGUGUGCUGCGUCUCCGAAACGCGCAUACAGGAUCCGAGUAGCGUCAUUCAUUUGACAUCACCAUGUCAAAACAAAGAACCAACUCGAUUCACACUUCGUGCAUCCGGAAGCCCAGAUGCUGCUUUUCGUGGACUCGCUGGCGUAGGUAUAGCAUUGAGUCUUAGGGCAGAACUAGCUCUCUUAGACUGGAUCCCAGUAGACAGUCGUCUGUGCGCUGUCCGACUAAACGGAACAGUAAGGACUCGGAAAGAUAGGGACACUCGUCGUUGCCUCUUCGUCGUCUCUGCCUAUUCUCCCACUGACUGCAACGCAGAUGAUGUAAAAGAUGAGUUUUACAGAAAGCCCUCCGACCUCCUCCUAAAAGCUAGGCGCUCUGAUGUAGUAAUGGUGGCUGGUGACUUUAAUGCUCAAGUAGGUAAACUAAGCGAAAGGGAAAGACACCUAGGUGGAUCUUAUAGCGUCGUGGCUCAAAGAACAGAUAAUGGCGACCGUCUGUUGCAGCUAUGCUCAGAUAACCGUCUGUUCCUUGCAAAUACUAACUUUAAGCAUAAGCAAAAACAUCUUUUAACAUGGCGACCCCUAAUUCGUCCCAACGUUGAACCCAAAUAGAUCACAUCGCUAUCAGCCACCGAUGGAGGGGCUCGAUAGAAGACUGUCGCUCAUAUAUAUCCUGUGACCAUCGAGUAAGUAACGCAGUUGUUAGGAAACGGGUACUAGGUAAGGAUGGCAAAUCCAUUGAUGACGUAGUGAAAGUUCAUCAGUUGAGAUGGCUGGGACACGUAUUACGUAUGUCCAACGACC